UCUGGUACUUGUAAGCCUGUGUGGGCGGGCAUAGGGAACACCUGGCUGCUUACAUCUCUUGGUCUCUAUAUAGUAGUGGGGGAACUGUGAUCCACUUAGGAUGCCUCUUACACAGACCAAACUUCUUGCAGUGACACAGGCUUCCAAGCAUGUUCUCCUGUUUGGACCUCACUGUGGUCUAUGUAUGCUCUAUGCAUUCACCCCAUGCGGGUUCACUUGUGUUCUUCUACCUACAGAGGCCUGCAGACAGAUGUCAUCCCCUGAAAAUAUCCUAAACAAGGUGCAGGACAACGAGGAAGAGGAGAGGCUGAAUAGAGAACUGGAGCUAACUACCAAGGAGAGAAGUGAGCUGACAGAUCGCCUCCUUUAUGUGACAGGUGGAUGCAUGAACAAGAGCCCCUACUUCAGGCCAAAUCCAUUUUAUGAAAACUUGAAGAUAAAGGAGAAAGAGGUCAUGUCAUUACUGCACAACUUACACACAAAGAAUAUUGAACAUCGUGAGAAAUUUCAGGAGCUCAAGAAGGAGAUUAACUUCUAUCGCAACCUGCACAGCCGGCUCCUGAUGGACCAGGCAUGUAUGAAGAAGAAGUUGGUCACAUUGAAGCAGGAGAGCAAGGAGUUACAGCGAUAUUUGUUUGAGUUGAACCCGAAGGAUGAAGACGAACAGGAGAAGGCCAGCAACCUCCAGACCCAGCAAAAUGUGGUAGGAACAAGCAGCUGAGUCAGAUUAACAAUGUCUGAUACCAUUUGCCUAUUGGAUACAUCUUUGCUUCCCCUAUCAUCUUUCUAAUCUCCCCACACCCAGUCAGUCACCCACCUCAUGUGAUAGAGUUAUUCAUUGCUCUGUGUAUGCACAAGUAUUCUGGGAUGUUAACCACUCUUCAGAAACUGAAUUA